AUGCUUUCCAUCAAGAACCUCCUCUUCCUUGCUGUCGCCGCCACCGGCUCCGUCAUCAAGCGUGACGCCGCUCAGGUCAAGCAGGAUCUCCAGACCAUCAACGCUGACACCCAAGCCGUCUUAAACGCCGUCAACAGCUACAAUGGUGGUCUGGCCAACGCUCUGCCCAUCGUGACUGCCCAGCAGCAGCUCUCAAAGGACCUCAAGACCGGCACCACGAAUGCCAACAACGCCGGCCCCGUCAGCGACGCCGACGCCGAUGAAAUCCUCGCCUACGUCAAGGACACGCUUUUUCCUUCUACCGAGAAUACCCUCGCCGCCUUGGAGGGCAAGAAGGCUACGUUUGCCAACGACGGCCUGACCAGCACUGUCAAGAGCAGCCUGGAGUCCCUCAAGAAAGACACCGGCGACCUCAGCGACGCUCUUAAAAAUGGAGCUCCUGCUGAUAAACAGCCCGAGGCCGAGGGGCUCAAGAACCAGAUUGCCGCCAGGUUUGACAGCGCUAUUGCCCAAUUUUCCUAG